AGAGAGAGAGAGAGAACAAACAAAACAUCAUUUAAGAGAGAGAGAAUGAGUGAGUGAGUGAGUGAGUUGGGUAAUUGGAAAGGAAUGGGUGGGUGGUGGGGUGGGGAAGUCCUAUGGUGGUAGCAUUCUGGUGGAGGAGUUGUUUGGGGCGCGCACUUCAACCCCCCCUGGCGCACUCUAGCAUCACCCACCCACCCACCCACCCCAACCCCACCCACCACCCACUCACCCGGUGGCCCAUCCCCCUUUUCCCAUUCAUUACCCCCCAAACACACAACCCUAUCCCUCAGCCUCACCAUAACCUCCACCCUCUCUCUCUCUCCUCUCUCCCUCUCUCUCGAAAAUCAUGUCCUCUCCUCCUCCGCCAGAGAAACCCCCGCGAAAAUUCCCAGCCCCGUGCUGGACCCAAUCCGAAACCCUAGCCCUGAUCGACGCCUACCGCGACCGCUGGUACGCCCUCCGCCGCGGCUACCUCCGCACGGCCGACUGGGACGCGGUUGCCGCCGCCGUCACCGGCCGCUGCCCCGACGCCUCCCCCGCCAAGACCUCCGCCCAGUGCCGCCACAAGAUGGAGAAGCUCCGCCAACGCUACCGCACCGAGAAGCAGCGCUCCCUCUCCUUCCCAGGCCACUUCUUCUCCUCCUGGUUCUUCUUCGAGAACAUGGACUCCAUGGCCGGCGACGGAUCGAAUCCGAACCCUAACCCUAAUUUAGCUAACAAGAAGAUCGGCACCGCGAAGUCAAAUCCGAAUAAUCAGGAAGGUCUUAGGGGUAAGAAUUCUAGCCCUAAUUAUGGUUCUAGGGUUUUGAAUAAUGGGUAUGAGCCGUAUUUGGAGGAUGGAUCUGAUGAUGAUGUUGGUGAUGAUGCUGAUUUGGGGGAGGGGUACGGUGUUAGGACCCCGAUUGAUGUGAAAUUAGCACCCCCAGUGUUUAGGGCUAAGAAAGUAGACCAGAUGCAUAGGAAUUUUGGGCCUAGUUACAAUUCGAAUCAUGGUGGAGGCGGUUAUGUCAACGACGGUGGUUUUCGCAUAAAACCCCCCAGAUUUGACAAUUCUGAUGGUGGGUUAUAUGUGAAAAUUUCUGGAGAGAGAUUUCCGGUAGCGAAAGGGUUUAGGACUAAGGGGUCUGGGAAGAAUGAUGGGAAUCCGUGUGCGAAUUCCGAUCCUAGGUUUGCGAAUGGGUAUUCGUCAUCUAUGGGAUUAGGGGUAGGGGAUAAGAGUGGUGGUAGAGGAGGUAAGAGAGAGAGGGAUCCGAUUGCAGACGUGGUUUCGUCGAUUAAGCUUUUGGGAGAAGGGUUUGUGAAGGUGGAGAAGAUGAAGAUGGAGAUGGCUAGGGAGAUUGAGAAAAUGAGGAUCGAGAUGGAUAUGAAGCGUAAUGAGUUGAUACUAGAGUCGCAGCGACAGAUUGUCGAUGCUUUUGUUGCGGUGUUAAUGGAGAAAAAGAAGAAGAAAAGGGAAAGCACACCAGGGAUGCCGGAGUCAUAGUUAAGAUAAUUGAGGUUUCGUAUCUUAGUUUCUCUUAAAAGUUUCUUUCCAGCCUUUGGAAAGAAUGGGAUCUCUCUGCUCCUCUAAUUAGAUAGAGAUGGACUAGGAAGAUGAUCUUUAUUGUGCUAUUUAGUUUGGGCAAGUAUUUAUUAUGCUAUUAGAUCAUGGAACAUUUUGGCAAGCCUUUAGAUAGAGAUGGUCAAGUUAGAUUUGAUGUGUUCUUUUCAUUUACUUUAUGUUUCCACUGAUCUGCAGUUCAAAAUGCUGUUAUGCUGCGUGUCCUUGAUUUGUUUACUGCAAUGUACUCCAUCUUUCUUUAGAAGUUUCAUGUUGUACAAUAAUUCUCUCUUAAAGAAUGAUUGAAUAUUGAGGCAUUGAACUGGA